AGCCGGCGGCCGUCUCCUCACAGCCCGGACGCGCGCCGGCAUCCCCGCCGGCUUCCGAGAAUCUCGAGUCAGCCUUGGAAGCCGUAUUUCAGCUGUCCAAAGACAACUUCAUACCUGUAUAAUGUAACAGAAAAAGUCAAAAAAGACAUUAGGCAAAUAGAACUGUGGAGCAUAUUCAAGCAAGAUGAACGUCUCUGGAAGCAGUUGUGGAAGCCCUAGUUCUGCAGAGAUAUCUAAUGACUUUAAGGAUCUUUGGACAAAACUAAAGGAGUGUCACGAUAAAGAAGUACAAGGUUUACAAGUAAAAGUAACCAAACUGAAAAAGGAACGAAUUUUAGAUGCACAAAGACUUGAAGAAUUCUUCACCAAAAAUCAGCAGCUGAGAGAGCAACAGAAAGUUCUUCAUGAAACCAUUAAAGUUUUAGAAGAUCGAUUAAGAGCAGGAUUAUGUGAUCGCUGUGCAGUAACUGAAGAACAUAUGCGAAAAAAACAGCAAGAAUUUGAAAAUAUCCGGCAGCAGAAUCUUAAACUUAUCACAGAGCUUAUGAAUGAAAAGAAUACUCUACAGGAAGAAAAUAAAAAGCUUUCUGAACAACUGCAGCAGAAAAUUGAGAAUGAUCAACAGCAUCAAGCAGCUGAGCUUGAAUCUGAGGAAAAUGUUAUUCCAGAUUCACCGAUAACGGCCUUUUCAUUUUCUGGCAUUAAUCGGCUACGAAGAAGGGAGAACCUCCAUGUCCGAUACAUAGAACAAACACAUACUAAACCGGAGCUCUCUGUGUGUACAAAUGAAUUGAGAAAAGUUCCAAAAUCUUCAACUCAUCUACAACAUAAGCCUAAUGAAAAUGAAAUUCUAGUGGCUGACACUUGUGAUCAAAGUCAAUCUCCAGUGGCUAAAACACGUGGAACAAGUAGUUAUCCCACUGAUAAGUCAUCUUUUAAUUUAGCUACAAUUGUUGCCGAGACACUUGGACUUAGUGUUCCAGAAGAAUCUGAAUCUCACAGUCCCAUGAGCCCUGUUGGUGAUGAGCUCUACCACUGUCUGGAAGGAGAUCACAAGAAACAACCUUUAGAGGAAUCUACAAGAAAUAAUAAAGAUAGUUUAAGAUUUUCAGAUCCUAAUUCAAAGACUCCUCCUCAAGAAGAACUGACUACUCAGGUAUCAUCUCCUGUGUUCGGAGCUACCUCUAAUGUGAAAAGUAGUUUUGGUUUGAAUACAAGUUUGUCCCCUUCUCUUUUGGAGACUGGGAAAAAAAGCCAUCUGAAAACAGCACCUUUUAGCAGCACUUCUAAUUCUAGAUUAGAGAAAACUAGAUCAAAAUCUGAAGAUAGUUCCCUUUUCAUACAUCCUAAUCUUGGGUCUGAAGGGAACAAGAUUAGCCAAUCUUCUAAUAAACAGAUGCUUAUAAAUAAAAAUAUAAGUGAAUCCAUAAGUGAACAGGAUAAUAUUGAUCAUAUUAAAAAUGCUAUUACUGAUAAACAUGUGGUGCCCCUGAAAUCAUUGGGAUGCAAAACAUCCAAAAGGAAGAAAAUUGAGGAAGAAAGUGAAGAUGAAGCAAGCUGCCCCCAAGCCUCUUUUGAUAAAGAAAAUGCUUUUCCUUUUCCACUGGAUAGUCAUUCUUCUAUGAAUGGAGACUAUGUGAUGGAUAAACCUCUGGAUCUCUCUGAUCGAUUUUCAGCUAUUCAGUGUCAAGAGAAGAGCCAAGGAAGUGAGACCUCUAAAAUCAAAUUUAGACAGGUGACACUCUAUGAGGCUUUGAAGCCCAUUUCAAAGGGUUCUUCCUCAAGCCGAAAGUUUUUAAGUGGUAGCUUUGUGCCAGCCAAAGAUCCUCCAGAGGAGCCCCGUUUACAGGAGUAUGUCCUUCAGCCCCUGAUUAAAUCCUCUCCAGAUAACAAAACACCAUUACAAAUAAAAGAAGAAAAUCCUAUCUUUAAAAUCCCUCUACAUCCACGUGAAAGUUUGGAAACAGAGAAUCUUUUUGAUGAUGUGAAGGGUACUGGUUCUCAUGAACCAGUAAGAAUAAAAACCAGGUCAGUUCAUGGAGAAUGUGAACUUGCAUCAGUUCUUCAGUUAAAUCCAUGUAGAAUCGCUAAAACAAAACCUCUACAAAACAAUCAAGAUGUAUUCUGUGAAAAUAUCCAGUGGAGUAUAGAUCCAGGAGCAGACCUUUCUCAAUAUAAAAUGGAUAUUACUGUAAUAGAUACAAAGGAUGGCAGUCAAUCACGAUUAGCAGGAGGAGAGACAGUGGACACGGACUGUACGUUGGUCAGUGAAACUAUGCUUUUAAAGAAGAAGCAAGAGCAGAAGGGAGAAAAAAGUCCAAGUGGAGAAAGAAAAAUGAAUGAUAGUAUGGAAGAUAUGUUUGAUCGGACAACACAUGAAGAAUAUGAGUCCUGUUUGGCAGAUAGCUACCCCCAAGUAGCAGAAGAGGAGGAAUUGUCAGCUACAACAAAGAAACCAAACACUCGUGGUGACAAACAAAAUAAAGUCACACAGAAAGCAUUUGUGGAGCCAUAUUUUAAAGAUGAUGAAAGAGAGACUAGCUUACAAAAUUUUCCUCAUAUUGAAGUGGUUCGGAAAAAAGAAGAGAGAAGAAAAUUGCAUGGACACACAUGUAAGGAAUGUGAAAUUUAUUAUGCAGACAUUCCAGCAGAAGAAAGAGAAAAGAAGUUGGCUUCCUGUUCAAGACACCGAUUUCGCUACAUUCCACCCAACACACCAGAGAAUUUCUGGGAAGUUGGUUUUCCUUCCACUCAGACUUGUAUGGAAAGAGGUUAUAUUAAGGAAGAUCUUGAUCCUUGUCCUCGUCCAAAAAGACGGCAGCCCUAUAAUGCAAUCUUUUCUACGAAAGGCAAAGAGCAGAAGACAUAGAUGUUGAAGCAAAAACAUGAUAGAGAACAAUUUUUUUCUUUCUAGUUAUUUAUAGCUAAUGUUGGUAUUAAACACUGAUUUUUUUUUAAUCUUC